UCUCUCUCUCUCUCUCUCUCUCUCUCUCUCUCUCUCUCUCUCUCCUCCAAAAUGUUCUUUGCCAGUGAGACUUUGUUUCGUCCACCGACGUCAUUCAUAUGGUCUGGACGCUGAGGCGCGAGGCUGCCCUCUCCUCGUCGCUAAUUGUGAUUCCUACCGACUGACAACUUGUUUGUCUGUUAGCGCAUUGGCUGCCUGACUGCCCAUGGGCGCUGAGCACACACUCUGCUGCUCUGCCUGCUGGGCUGUCCGAUGCGCCUUUGCGGUCGGUUCGGGACGGUAUCGGGCUCCGCUUUAUGAAUGAAUAACAAGACGGGAAAAUGCGAGUGACUGCGAAACUCCCCAGCAGCCGUGCUCCCGGGGGGGCAGCCACCGAUGAGAGGGAUUAACGACGGAGCGGAGCCGUGGCUCAUUGCGGAAAAGCCGACUGCAGACUGGCGCGGAAACGCACCGUGAGGGAAACGGACUCCAUAGCUUAGAACAGCGGAACAAAACCGCGGUGACCACAAUGUCCAUCCACAUCGUGGCUCUGGGCAGCGAGUGCCCCGGAGGAAUUGGGCUCGGGGAGGAGAUCAUGGGCCAGGGCCAGCUGCAGGGAGGCCUGCUGUGGAGCUACCUUGGCCAUGGGGCACUGGUGGGACCCUGUGACCUGGAGAGCAGCAUGCACAACCCGGCCUUCAUGGAGUACACCUCACGUGUGUUUGGAGAUGUCACUGUAGUGGUUCGGGAUUGCCCCAGCUGGGACUUGUUGGACAGCGAUUGGGCCAGCGUACGGAAAGUUCUUGAGCAGGCGGACAUCCUGGUCAUUAAAUAUUCAGUCACUGACAAGCUGGCCUUCCAGCAGGUCAGGAACAGCUACGCCCCGAGACUCCGCCCGCUCCUGAGGCACUGGGGUGUGCCUGUCAUCCUGGUUGCUGUUGGAGCGCGGCUGAACGAUGAAGGCCCUCCAUGUACGUGCCCGCUGUGUGCGUCUGACUGGAGCAGCUGUGUGCCUCACAGUGAAGGUCUGCAGCUGUCCCGGGACCUGGGGGCCACCUACCUGGAGUUGCCCUCUCUCAACCACGUCUUUGUGGGUCGCUACUUUGGCAGCGUGCUGGAGUACUUCAUGAUUCAGUGUCUGAAACACAAAGCCAAAGAAAGGCCAGAGAAGAGGCGAGGAAAUAAAGUGAACGAGCUUUGUCCCCCUCACUUAGAACAACCAGCACGUCUUCCCCCCAUCCGAGUAGAGGAGUCCAGCUUCUCCCAGGACAUGCAGUGGUUGUUGGAGCGUGGCAUGCAGUUUGCCGAUGUGGCUUUCUAUGCCGGGGACUCUGGGAAAGAACUGGGGUGGGCGCAUGCGGCAGUGCUGUGUGCUGUCAGUCCGUACUUCAGACAGCUGCUCCUGGGGCACAAGACCAGGGAACGCCCCCAGUCGCGGUGUGUUUGUAGAGAGCGGGAUGGAGGCCCCCAAUCACUGCUCUCCACCUGGGACGGGGGGAUUAUUGAUGACAUGCCCCGAUCAGAGGGGCACCUGACAGGACGUCUCUCUCGUCUGGUGGUGAAGGACCCCCUUCUGUGUAUGUGCUUGUGGGAGACACUCAUGUUCAUUUAUAGAGGAGCGUGGGAGUGGGAUCACCUCCAGGAGGCCCUGGAAGAGAAGCUGAAGAAUUCGCUAGCAGUGGCUCAGCUUAUGGAACGCAUACGAUCCCUCAUCGGCAGAGACAGGGGCCCCAGGGACACCCCGAGUGCCCGGGCAGCUCAGCUCGGCCCCCAGACUCUUGUCAACCUCUUCAAUUCUCCUCUUUACUCUGAUGUCAUCUUCAUGGUGCAAGGGAGUGUAUUGCCAGCCCACCGAGCAGUGCUGGUGGCGCGCUGUGACGUCAUGGCGGCCAUGUUCAGUGGGAAGUAUGCAGAGGCCCGGAGCCGAGUGGUGCCUAUUCACGGUGUCUCCUCAGAUACCUUCCUGUCUUUCCUGGAGUACCUCUACACUGACUCCUGCUGUCCUGCCAGUGUACUGCAGGCCAUGGCCGUGCUGGUCUGUGCUGAGAUGUACCAGGUGAAACGUCUGCAGCAUCUGUGUGAAGUGUGUGUGUGCGCUUACCUUCAGAGCAUGCCCAGUAGAGAGCUGUCGUCAACGGGUAUCAGUGUGAUUCGACUACUCCGCCGAGCAAAGUGCCACAAUGCAGAGCAGCUGUAUGUCUGGCUCCUCCACUUUAUCUCCAACAACUACCUGAUCUUCAGUCACAAACCUGACUUCCUGGAGCUCUCAGAGGAGGAGCGUGAGCAGGUAGAGAGGCUCCGCUGGCCGUCCAGAGGCUACCUGCAGGAGCUCAGCGAGUACCAGCACCGGCGACGCAAGUUACGCAAGUCCCGCUGCAUAGUCAUGUGAUCCCCGCCUGGAUGCCUAAAACCUGUGGAAAACAGGGGGGGCAAAGGAGGGAGACCAGGAAGAAAAUAAAGACAAAGAGUGAGACUAGUCAUUAACACAUGGAGAAACAGACAGAAUAAAUGGUUUGUUCUGCUGGAUGAAGGGCUGAUUCUGAGGGACUCCUUAACCAAUAGGACAACAUUGUCGAGCAGUGACAUACACCGCUGUGACACGCCGCUCUUCCCCUGGAGGAAUGACUGUGCAUCCUUUGCGUAAUGACUAUUCCAUCAAGGGUAAUACAAAAAGACUGAUCCUUAAAACCCAAUAUGAAUUUAGAAUGACCAGCUGGCCACUGACCAGGGGCUCUGUGAAAAAUUAUAUUUAUAUUGGCCGAUGCAAAAUGGUGGACUUCAACGAUGAACAGUGACACAAAAUGGCUCUGUUACGAGUACAGAUAUGUCAAAUGACCACAUCUGUUGGAAAACAGGCCGGGAUCAUGUGCUGUACACGGGUUUAAACUACAGUUAUGUAACUUCAGUUUGAAAAAGCAGGGAGGAAACUGUGCUGUGUUUUCUUCUUUAAUUGAUACAUGGGGAUGAGUAUCUUCUGUACGCUGGACACAUGACUGCUCUGUCUUAAAGGGACAGUUUACCCCAAAAUCAAAACAUAUUUUCCUCUUACCUGUAGUGCUAUUCAUUUAUUUUCUUUCUACUGAACUACACCCGUCAACAGCGUCACCAUGCAGAAGGAAGCAUACUCAUGGAUGAGAGGCUCGUCCUCCUCGGCUGAGCUAACCAAUACUUAGAACCUAGCUAACCGAUACUGCUAGCUCACCUGAGCUAGCUAAAACUACAGCUCAGCCAAGUAGGACGCAUUAAUGUUUACGUGUCACGAGCACGAGCCUCUCGUCCACGAGUAUGCUUCCUUCUGCGCGGUGGUACAGUUGGUGAGUGUAGUUCGGUAGAAAGAAAAUAGUUCCCACAUGAAAGUGCUCACAACCAGGUCGGUGGAUUAUCUUGAGUAACCGGGUCACAUCGCUGUUGAGUUUUGGGGCGCUUUGAGCACCACAAGCCGACCGCCAUCUAGUUCCAUUAUAUUGCAGAGAAAGCAGACACCUCUACGGCCGAUAUCUCCAACACCGGGCAACUCACACCAAAACUAUCUAGACUAGAUUGAUAUAUAGAACUACAGGUAAGAGGAAAAAAUGUGUUUUUUUAAUUUUGGGUUGAACUGUACCUUUAAAUUAAACCUUGGCUCAUGAUGCAUCUGUGUCCUGUUGGAUCGAAAAAUUUUACUUGCGAACGUGUGAACUUGCAGCUUUGCUUAAGCUGAAAUAACUUCAGCCUCACACUUCUUUGUGGCCCGAUCAGUAUUUCAGCCGAGCGGUGACCUACAUUACCACUGAGAGCAGCGUGAAAAGCAACUGGUAAUGCUGCUGGACCGGUAGCACAGUCAUGCUCAUUUUCUUCUGUAGUCCGUCAGAAACUAAGUUUAGCAGACGAGCAGGGCCACUUUAAAUACAAUUUGUUUAUUAGAUUCUUUCAGAUCUAUGAUGCAACAUCAGUGAGCGUCUCACUGUCAGACUGAUUUUAUUACCAUGUGAGAUGGAAUACAUUUUGGUCAUUGUCUGUGUCAAAAGAGGCCAUCUCACUUUCAUUCAGAAAUGGCUUGAAAUGAAAUCUUCAAAUUCAUUUACACAUUGCCUGUAUCAAAAAUCAAGUGUUUUGUCCACCAAAUCCAGAACAACAACAAUUUUUUUUUAUAUAUAUAUAUAUAUUAUUUCAUUUAAAGCCUGUGUGACAAUUUCCUUUGCAGGUUAAUAGGAAAUAAUGUUGAAACUAUUCCUUAUCUGUUUCAUAAACAAAUAAUAAUGGGUCUGUCACAUUAAAAGGCAAAAGCCUUUUUGUAGAGAGAUUUAGGAAAAACAACAACCAUAUCAUGGACAUAUGUUGGUACACUAAAAACCACAAUGCCUCUGGGUGGAUACACAAUAUUUAUUUUAUCCUAAUGUUUUUUAAUUUGAAAGGUUGUUUUUAAUCAUAUGAUAUCUAUGAUUUAUUGGUGCUGCAAUUAUUUUUUUUUACUGUGUGGACAUGAUUAUGACAUGACCUUUUUUUGAUACAUUCGUAGUAGACAACUGGAUCACACUUUUUUACAGUCUACUGUUUCACUGGUAUUUACUUAAAAAGGUGCAUGAUUAUAAAAAUAAAAUGGGGGUACAGAAAGACAGAACAACUUAAUUUGCCAGAUAAACCAUAAAAAAAUGAAAGCAAAAAAGGUCAAUUGUGACAUUUUGCAGCUAUUUUUUAUUCAGUGGAUGGAUCGGCAUCGGUCAUUAACAGUCAACAAACUAUUUGUAUUGAAUACGUAGCAGAGUACAUCAGCAGAGGUGAAGCAGCAGGCUGUGUACGUAGUACAAGAAAACUACCACCACUGUGAGAUUUUGACAAUGUACAUACAGCUGGUACCUUUAACCACAUGGUGUAUAUUUAACCUGCUGCUGCACCACAACAAUCACAGUGUGUGUCCACUAGUUAAUCUUCAGAUAAAUCCCAAUCUUCUCUUGAAAAGAAAAUGAGUAAAUAUCAGUUGAAAAACGGGACAGUAAAACAAAGUGUACUCCAGUGCUGCAUCUACACCCAGUGCGUGGAGACACACAUGUGGCUCCACUGGGCCAGUGUUGUACAGACUGUAGAUAACACGAUGUCUGAAUUUAAAUAAAGACAUGUUUUAGAAUGAA